AUGAGGACGUUACCGCCGUCCCUCCUGCGGCACCUCUCGAGGGGGGUGAGGAGGGCGCUGCUGGUCGGGGAGGACGCCGUCGACGUGCCGAGAUGGGCCAUCUCCGCCACCCCCUACGGCGGCGCCAUCGUCAGCGUCUCCGCCGCGGUUGUAUCCGUCAACCUGCUCGUCGUCUUGUUCGUCGUCCUCCGGCGGUGCGGCGCCGACACCGGCGAAGUACGCCGCCCCAGCGAAGCGGCUCCCCUCUCCGGAGAGAGGAUCCGGGGUUCAGUUCCGGCCGCGGAGCAACGGAGGUACGGCGAGAGCGGCGGGCUGCAAUGCGCCGUCUGCCUGUGCCGGCUCCGGCAGCCGGAGGCGCUCCGUCUGCUGUCCGGGUGCGGGCACAUAUUCCACGUGGAAUGCGCCGACCGGUGGCUGGAAGGCCGCUCCAGCUGUCCUCUCUGCCGCCACGAGGUCCACCGGGAGGGCGUCCACCUGGCUGUGCUCUGUCAAGGCCUCCUCACCAGGGUGGAACCCCCUCCGCCCGACGUGGAUGCCACGGGGAUCCUCCCUGGUAAUGUGGGUCCCACAACGCUUCCCAUCACCCACCCGUCCAACUCGGAGCCGAACCAGGCUGAGUCGGCCGGGGCGGCGGGCCGACUCGGCGACCGGUUGGACGAGCAACUCCUCUCGGACCAGACACUCCUCGCCCGCGCCGGCGCUUUAUCUUACGCCAUAGCCGCCACGGAGAUCCGAGCAGAAUAG